GGCGCCUGCCUUCCUGCCCGGCUCGCGGCAAUGGUCGUCGUUGCGGGCCGGUGACACGCCUGUGAGCUGCGGAGGUUGCGGCACCCAGGCGUUCUGUGGAUUAACUCUUUAUUGAUUACAUACAACAGCAAUAGUUAUGGCGACUUUCCAGCCUUUCAGAAACAGUCACAUGAAGACUAGAGCAUCUGUCAGAAAAAGCUUCAGUGAAGAUGUGUUCCAGUCUGUAAAGUCUUUGUUGCAGAGUGAGAAGGAACUAUGUAGCAUAUCAGCAGAGGACUAUUUAAAGCAGGAUGAACAUACCAGUUUAACUGAGGUCACAUUUCUGGGUUUUAAUGAAGAAACAGAUGCUGCUCAUAUACAGGAUUUGGCUGCAGUUUCUUUGGAGCUUCCAGAUCUUCUGAAUUCACUCCACUUCUGCAGUUUAAAUGAAAAUGAAAUUAUUUGUAUGAAGGAUAUAAAUAAAUCAUCAGAUAGAAGCAAUGUUCCUCUAAAUCAGCAUCGUCAUUCUGGAAUGCUCUGUGUCAUGAGAGUGUCACCUACAUUACCAAGACUCAGAAUUGAUUUUAUCUUUAGUCUUCUGAGUAAAUAUGCCACUGGUAUAAGAUACACCCUGGACACGUACUUGCAUCAGAAGUGCCAACUUGAGACCACUAAUGAAGAUGAUGAUGAUACUAACCAGUCUGUGUCUUCCAUAGAGGAUGACUUUGUCACUGCUUUUGAGCACUUAGAGGAAGAAGAGAAUUCAAAGCCAUAUAAUGAUGGAAUAAACAUUACUGCACUAAGGAGCCAGUGUGAUGCUGCUUCUCAGACUAUUUCUGGUCACCAGUUAGAAACCCAUGAUUUAAGAAUUCUGGUUAGCUCUGGACAGCAGAAGUCAUUGGCUAAACCCUCAACUUCCUUAAUAAGUGUUCUGGGACAUAAAGAACUGCCUUCUGUGAAAACUUCAGUCACAACAUCAACUUCAGAGCCUUGGAUCCAAAGGAGUUUCUAUAGGUCAUCUAAUACUUCAGAUAAAGGUAGUGAAAUACAGAAAACCUUUUUUUCUUCUUCUCCAGCCUACUCAUCUGAAUCAGAAUGCUCAAGUCCAAGUCCUGUUAUUUUUUUGGAUGAAGAGGGAUAUCAAAAAAGUUUGAAAGCAAAACUUGAGCUGCCUAAAAUUCCUGUGAUGAAAGAUGAUAUAGAGGAUUCAGAUUCAGAAGUAAGUGAAUUUUUUGAUAGUUUUGAUCAGUUUGAUGAACUAGAGCAAACUUUAGAGACUUCUUGUCUCUUUAUGAAAGAUUCUGUCGUAGGGAAGUCAUUGCAAAAGAGUGGGCACAAACAUGGAAAAGCUUGUAUGAAUCCUCAAAAAUUCAAGUUCAAUCGUCCAGCUCUCCCAGCUAAUGUUAGAAAGCCAACUCCUCGUAAACCAGAAUCUCCUUAUGGUAACCUGCGUGAUCCUCCAGAUUCUCCUCGCCCAGUGAAGGCCUCAGGGGAAGACAGUGGUUUGUUUAGCCCUAUUCGGUCUUCUGCUUUUAGUCCUCUUGGAGGCUGUACUCCUGCUGAAUGUUUUUGCCAAACAGAUAAUAAUGGAAAUAGGAUUCAUAAAAAUCAUGAUUCUAUUUAUUACACCUAUGAAGAUUAUGCAAAUAGCAUUUCCUGUGAAGUACUAGGUUCAGUUCUUCAUACCCAGCAUAUUAAUGCCACAUCAAACAUUAAUAGUAUUAAAAGUGGAGAAAAUAAAACUGUAGGUCUUAAGCAUGGUGAUCUUGAUCAAAAAAGUAAAUCUAAAAAUAAAUCCUUAAUGAUUAAAGAUAGCAUUCAGAAAUUUGCAGCAGAUCUUGUGGAAAAAAGUUUUGGCAGUGCAUUUAAAGACUUACAGAAAGGAGUCUCUUCAUGCACAAAUGCACUGUGCCACUUAGCCGUCAAAUUGACAUCAUCUGUUUUUCAGAUGGCAUUUAAUGAACUGAAAAGGCAGCGUGCAUUUUCACUGAAAGAACGUGCCAUUGGUGGCCUGGCUAAUUUUUUGGUGAGUGAAGCUUUAUCAAAUGCCUUAAAAGAUUUACAGUAUGUAAAGAAGCAGAUAUUUAAAAAUACAGUUGCUACAUUUGCUGCAGAUCUUGCUGAAGAGCUUGUUUUUGAAGGCAUCAUGGAAGUAUGUCAGUUUUCAUAUUCUCCAACACCUGCAUCUCCACAGUGUUGGUCGUUCGACUUCGAAGACAAAGUAGUGAAGUCAUAUGCAAAAGAUUUGUCUGAAUCUGUAAUACAGGAAGCAUUCAUUGAGCUAUCGCAAGUUGAUGUGACCUUCACAACAAAGGCAGCAGUUAGUGUCUCUACUGAUAAUGUCAAAUAUGUGAGUGCAGAAAGUGUAGUGCCAUCGACACAGACCUUUACAUUUUCCCCUUCUUUUCACAAUCAAGCAAUUAUGGUGACAAAACCAAUGAAGGAAUAUAGAAAGGAAUACACAGUACAGCAGGCCUUGUUUUGUACUUCUGGAAUUGUAACUUCUAUACCAGUGCCCUUGGCCGGAAGUGCCCUUCUCCCAUAUCAUAUUUCAUCUGUACAUCAGGCAAAGUCUCAUCUAUCAUCCGUUGAUAGUAAUUCAAAUGGUGAUUCUGCCCAAGCAUGUGUUACCACAAAAAUCAAAGAAGAGGAAAUAGCUUGUCUCACAAAUAUUUGUUUACCUUCAGAACACAAUCCAGGUAACCAGAGUGAUUUUAAACCAACUAAAGAUGAUAUUGAAAUGCAAAGUUCUUCAAAAUUAACAAAUGAUCCUGUGGUUAUUAACAACUUUUCUGCAGCAAUGGUGCAUACAAUUGUGAACGAAACUUUGGAAUCAGUGACAUCAUUUGAAAUUACAAAAACAGUUGGUGAACACACAGAUUGUUUAACUAAAACUGUAAAUGGAAAAAACCCUCCUUUUUCCCAGUAUGAUCAAAUAACACUGCAACAGAGUGAAGCUAGUAAUAAGGACAUGUUUGCUGACCGAUUAUCGAAAUCUAUUAUUAAACAUUCCAUAGAUGAAAGCAAAUCAGUGUUUGUAAAUACAGAUAAAAAUGCAGCAUAUAAGGAAGUCUUGCCUGUUCCUGGGGAAGAAUCACAGAUCACCUUGGAAAAGUUCCCCAAAUUUCUCAGUGCUCAAGAUCACUUAACUCACUGUUCACCUUCAGUUGGAAAGGAUUGUGUUCUUCCAGAAUGUAAAGGUUUUAUGGCUCAUGGAUUUUCUUUAGAGACACUGCCACCUUGUCCAGCUGUGGCAGAUCAGAAACCUGAUUUGAAGGAACCUGUUAAGGAUAAACCAGUGAAAAAGCAUAAUUUGAAUAAUACAGCACUUGAGCCCUUGUCUUUUGGACAGGAAAGCCCCUUUCCUCAUUCACAUACUUUCUCAUCUGCAGUGCUUACCUGUGUAGACGGUUUGCAUGUGGAAGAUAAACAGAAAAUCAGAGACAGAAAUGUAAUACCUGAUACUCCUCCGUCAACCCCUCUAGUACCAUCCCAGGCUAGUUCUGAAUGGGAUAUCAAGAAGUUAUCCAAAAAGCUCAAAGGGGAAUUAGCCAAAGAAUUUGCUCCGGCUACACCACCUUCUACACCUCACAACUCAUCUGUUGGUAGUUUGUCUGAAAAUGAUCAAAGUUCUAUAGAAAAAGAAGAGUUCAUGCUGAAACUCAUGCGAUCUCUUUCAGAAGAAGUUGAAAGUAGCGAAGGUGAAGAGCAUCCAGAAGUGGAUGUGAAGUCAGAUUACUCAGGGAAGAAAGUUCAGUUUGCGGAAGCGUUAGCUACACAUGUCAUUUCUCUUGCAACCGAAAUGGCAGCUUCCCAUAUAGAUAAUAAAAUAGUUCAAGAACCCAAGGUUAAAGGCCCUUGCUUAAAUGUGCAAAGUCAAAGAAGUAUAUCACCUACUUUUUUAAAUUGCUCAGAUAAAAGUUUACAGACAUUAUGCAAUUUUGCAGGUGAGAUGGCAGCAGAAGUCGUUACAGAAGCUGAGAAAAUAGCAGAAGUUAAAAGUUGCGUGCUUUUCAGGCAAAAGAACAGUUAUGUUGAUGUUGACCGAGAUUAUAGAUCAAAAGAGAAGCUGGAUAUAGAGGUUGUAGCCCACCCAAGGGAAGUGGAUCCAUUCAGUCUUUCCUUACCACCAAGUUCUUAUAUUUCAGGUCUGACAUAUAAGUAUCCCAGCUGUGAAAGUGUGACAGAUGAAUAUGCAGGUCACAUUAUCCAAAUACUAAAACAGGAAAGUGGUAAUAGCGAGUUAAUAAUGGAUCAGUAUGCCAAUAGGCUUGCUUAUCGAUCUGUUAAGUCAGGAUUACAAGAAGUAGCUAAGACAGCUGAAAUGAAGUGUAACUCAGGAAUGUUUCCUGUGCAGAGUUCACAGGAGAAAACAAGCAAUGAACUGUUAAUGUUCUCAAAUGAGCACCACCAAGAAGUAGAUAAAAGAAGACAAGGUAGAAGAAAUGGAAGUUACCCUUGUAAAAAUCAAAUUUGUGAAAGGACACAGGAUAUAUAUAGAAAUGAGUGCUCUGAACUAUAUAGUUUUUCAACCACUCUUGCUCACAGCAUAGCAAGAGAUGCUAAAAAAGAGCUGACAGCAUCUACAUUUGUCUUGCCAAAAUCCUUAACAGAUUCUUGCCUUUAUGAGAAGUCUGGAUGUGAUGACGAUACUGAGUGUCACAUUGAACCAGAAUUUUCUAAGUCUUUUCAGCCUUCCUCGCAAAAUCACAGGUUUUACCACAGUACAGGCAGCUUAAAUGGACAUGGGUAUGGAGAGAACGUUGUUCAAGCUAUAGAAGAAUAUGCAAAAAAAGUAGUGGAUGACACCUUAGAGCUAACUUUAGGAUCCACAGUUUUGCAAUUGUCUGAGACCAUAAAAUCAGUGGAUAAGAUCACUUAUGCAGAAAAAUUGUCACCUCUUAUAAGUCAAGCUUGCAGAUAUUGUGACCUUAAAGAACUCAAUGAUUGUAGUGGAAACUCAUCGCAGCACUUUUUCAGACAGGAUUCACUUGUUAGUAAGCCAGUUUCUAAUUCAAAAUUUAGAAACAUCUAUCAGAAGUCUAGAAUUUUUCAUCUUGAUGUUCCACAAAUUCAUAUUAAUCUUGAUAAGAAGUCAGGGCUUGCUGAAAAGAUAGUUGCUGAAGCUAUUGAAAAAGCAGAGAGAGAGCUCAGCAAUACCAGUUUGGCUGCCGAUAGUGGAAUUGGACAAGAUGGCAUUAGCUUUGCUGAAAGCCUUACGACAGAAAUAAUGACAUCAGCCAUAACAAAUGUCGGACAUGCUGUUAGCAGCUCAAAAGAAAUAGAAGACUUUCAGUCAACUGAGUCUUUUGGUAGUCAGCAGAUGAAUCUCAGUAUUGGUGAAGACAGCACUGGGAGCUGGUCCAACUUAAGUUUUGAGGAUGAACACCAAGAUGAAAGCAGCAGUUUUCAUCAUCUAAGUGAAAGUAAUGGUAACAGCAGUAGCUGGAGCAGUCUUGGUUUAGAAGGGGAUUUGUAUGAGGACAAUUUAUCCUUUCCAACAUCAGACAGUGAUGAACCAGAUGAUGAAGGUGAAGAGCUUGAGGAUGAUGUGGAAGGUUUGGGGCAAGAUGAAAAGACUCUGCAAAUUACAAAUAUUGACAUGGAGCCAUGCGCUGUAGACCCCCAGCUGAGAAUUAUUCUUCAGUGGCUUGUUGCCUCUGAGGCUGAAGUUGCAGAACUUUAUUUUCAUGACUGUGCAAAGAAGGAGUUUAUACUACUUUCAAAACGAUUACAAGAAAAAGGAUGGAAAGUGGGAGACCUCCUGCAGGCUGUGCUUAAAUACUAUGAAGUGAUGGAAAAAACUUCCAGUGAGGAGAGAUGCAAGACACUGUUUGAUUGGCUCUUGGAAAAUGCAUAGAAUGACCCCCAAACCAGUAUAUUUUAUUAUUUGUUUUGGGGGGGGUGAAGAAACAGAUAAUGAUACUUAAGAUAAAAUUUGAAUAGUGAAUAUUAACAUUUUAAGUGAUUGGGAGGAAAGUAAAUAUAGCUUUUUAAGCUCUUUGUGUCAUCACCCGGUGUAUAUAGUUCAUACUUUUUGUAAUCUCUGUUAAAAUAUUAUCUUCAUUUAUUCUUCUAUACACGUGUGUAGUGUGUUCAGACCCUGAGUACAUGUAUGUGAAUGAAGGUCUAACUAUGAGGUUUUCAGGGACAUUGUCUGACAGCAUUCUUUCUGCAUCCAAAUGGUGCUGCUAAAAACUGCAGUGAGGUGGCUGAUGAUAGGGUCCAGUGAUGAAAAGUUGUAAUUUUGCUCCUUUGCAAAGAAUGAUAUCCGAUUAAUAAAUAGUCUGACAUCAAAAAAUAAAACUGAGGCUAAUUUUUUUUGUUUCUGGUAGAUUUUUUAGUAUUCUUGUCAUCUUUUUAAAAAUCAAUUUUUUUUGGUAAUAGUUCAGCUAUUUUUGAUUCCCCCAAAUUAUUUAGUUUCUAAAUAAUUAAUAUUUUAGGUUUCUAUAAGCACCAUAAAUGGUAGUGGUAAUUUUCCCAGCCAUUCAUGAAAUGACAUUAUUUGCCAAUACUGCCAGUUGUUCUGGCAUGAUAGAGUGUGUGUGUGUGUGCGCGUGUGUGAGAAUGUGAGAAGGAGUAUUUUUACUUUGCUAAUGAUUUGUUCCCUCUUUUAUUUUACUGUUUUCUUAGUCAGAAACCAACUGUUAGUUAACAUUAAAAAGGUGCUUUAAAAUAAAAUGUCUGUAAAGAUUGUGCAGUCAGAAUUGAGUCCCCAACUUAUCCUAUCAAGUUGCAAAACAUGUUGAAAUUUUAAAUUCAUGUUAAUAUGGAUAUGCAUUUAAAGAAGCCCAGUGGUUUUAAUUGUUGGAUUUUUGAAAAAAAAAAAAAAAAACCUGCAUUUUCCCAAAGGUAAUUUUUUUUCCCAGAAAGAUUGGUAUUUUUCCCCCCUGAUAAAAUUUAUUUGCACUAUUUUGUAAAGUUCUCUGACAUCUUUCUGGGCUGUACGUUUCUUACUACGUUGUCUUUAGAAACUGUAAGUUGACAUGAACUAGAGGACCAAGAUUAUGUCUUGGUUUUGUAUGUGUGGGUAAGUGUGUGCACAUUUUGGUUCUUCCAAUAGUGGAUUUUGUAAUCUAGGGUAAAUCACCUUUUGUGGGGGCUUUGAUUUUGCUCUAUUACAUUUUCUUUCUUCCUGAGCACUAACUGUUCUGGAAGCUGCACAAAAUAUAGAAGACAUAACACCUGCCAAGAAGUAGGGAAUAAUGGCACUUAAUGUUUAUUUGAAUUAAUAAUGAUAGAGAAAUGUGUUUUACAGUGAAAGAUUCAAAUUUGCUUUUAAAGAAAAUGCCAAAAGCUAUUUAAAUUUUUUGAGGUUACAUUGCAAGCUUUAGUUUUUCUCAAUUUAGGAUACAGAAAUAGAGCAAGCCUUAAACAUAAAUUUUCCUUAAGUUCCUUCUUUUUUAAGGUAGAGAAAUGGAGGAAAUAUAUAACCAGAAGUGUUUAUGCCUUUAGCUUUUCAGAACUUGAGGUGCAGCAGCACUGGACUGCGUUUUUAAACAUUAGGACCAGAAAUGUUUGCUCUUGUUAAUUAUAAUGUGGAUUAAUUGAUCAUUAAGUUUAGGUUGCAGUUUUAUAAGUAUCAAAUUGUGUUUAGUAACUUGGGUGUAUGUAUGGGUUUGAUCAACAGCAAAACUAAGUUCUGAAUUUUUUUUAAGCUGAAGUGACAAUAUAUUAGUUUUGUAAAACUUUCUGUGUUUGAAAAUGUUUAUUUCUGUUAAUGGUAUAAUCAUUUUGAGGUAAGGUUUUCCUCCUAUUCCUGUUUCCUUGCAUUUCGCUGGAGUUGUGCUGGGUUCAGAGUUCCCUUACUUAACCACUUUCUAAUGACUGACCAGUCAUUAGUUAUUAGCAUGCGUGGUAAAAAUAAUAGUGGAACCCCAUAUUUGCAUCAAUACAGUGCAGGGGCAUAGAGAAAAAUACUAAGUAUCGGCAGAUGUGAAAAGAAGCAAGUUAAGCUUCCUUAUAUAGAUAGAAAACAUUUGAGUUUAGAGCAAUAUCUUUUAAUCAAGUAGAGUCUAAACUUAACUUACUUUAAAGGCACUUUGUGAUUCUCCAAAGAUGUUCUAGAUGUGUUUGGUUGCUCAGUCUCCAGAACAGCUCUGUUGAGGACAACUGUCUUAUUUUAUUACAAAUCUUUUUGACGUAUUUGUAUUAUAACAUCAUAAUAUUGCUGUCCUGUAGAUUUUGGCCCUUAUGAAAUAUGUCAUAUUCAGAACCAUUAAAAGUUGUGAUGUGCAUUGAGCUGAAUUCUUUGUUUACCAAUUUCAAAACCUUUGAGUGAUGUGUGGGAAGAAAGUGAAUGAGACCUCUGGUAGGGGGUUUUCAGAACAUUAUUUCAGAAUGAAGUGUGGCAAUUUUUACAUGUUCUUUUCUGAAGUCGGGUUUAAAUUACAUUUAUAUUUUUGGUAUUAUUAAUGUUGAUUUUGAAGAUAUUUCCUGAUUUAUACAAAAUGAAUGAUUCAUUUAUAAAUUACAGAAAAAAUGACAAUAUCAGUCAGAUGGUUUAAUGCAUUAUAAAACCUUUGAGAGUAUUCACUCGGUAAAUAUAUGUAAUAACAUCUUUAUACUUUGAAAAAUGUUCCACUUACCCUCUCAGAUAUUUGA